ACAGAGAGGUAAGAUAUUGCGGUAAGUGAUCGGUGCCUUGUCAUGGAGCAGAUGGAGGCGAGCUCCCCGGAGGAGACGGUGGAUGGCGCGGAGACAGAGGAAGAGAUGCGGAAACGUCACAAGGCAGAAGUCCGGCAAUUGGAAGGGAAGACAAGGGCCCUCUUAAAGAAAGCCCCAAAGCCCAAAAAGGCAGAAGUGCAAGGUGAGGUGGCUAGGAUGGAGCGGGACAUGGAAGAACGUCACGCACGGGAACUGGGAAAAUUCGCAGCGGCACCGAAUGGCGGGAGGGGGAAGGGAGAAGAAGGGGAGAGUGAGGAAGAAGAGGAUGGCGGGGCCACAGCUGCUGAAAAAGUGGCGCGAAAACGCGACAAGGCGAGACGGAAGAAGGAGCGAAAGGCGGAAAGAGAAGCAGAGGAGGAGGCUGCCCGGGCGCUUGCCAAGGAAGGCGUCGUCUCUCUGCGAGACCUGGAGAUGGGCCAGAUCCUCUCCCUCCUCUCCCCCCUUGGCCUCCGCGUCCAGGAAGUCCCCGCCGACGGCCACUGUCUCUACCGUGCCGUUGCACACCAGCUUGAGCACCAGGGUAUUCCCUCGCAGGGCUACCCGGAAGUACGGCGAUCCGCCGCUCAAUACAUCCUGUCCCACCCUGAGGAUUUCCUCCCUUUCCUAGCAGGAGGGGAGGAAGGGGAGGCAGCGGGCUUGGAGGCGUACGUGCAUACGGUGGAGGACACGGCGGAGUGGGGUGGGGAGCUGGAGAUACGGGCGCUGGCAUUUUUACGCGUUGGGCGAGCACUAUAA